UCACAAGGAGGAGCGCCAGGGAACGCCGGCUCCUGACAUACACCAACUACGUGAACAUAGCUUGGUCAGACAGGUGGAAGGUGAGUGCAACGGGGGGAAGUAGCCCAGCUCUUGGAUGCGCAAACAAGAUAGGUAACUGAACCCUCUCAUAGCCGGACCUCCCGGACAUCUCCCUUCCGCGCACGGAAAGCUUCUUCCGCUUCCGACAGAUGGACAUCAAGCGAGACCCGCACUUGGCGCACUUCCAGCUGCGCAACCUGUUCGCGGGCACCUCGCACUCGCGUGUCUUUUACCCAGCUGUCGGUAACAUCCAGCAGUACAACCCCAUGUCCGGCUGCAGCCGGGCCAUCUUGAGAUUUAGCAAAUCGCCCGUCUCGCAGGUCUCGACCUUGGCUGCUGGCCACGGCGUUCUGAUCGCCGGCAGUUUCGGCGGUGAAUACGUUCUUCGCCACUUAGACUCGGGCGAACCGGACAACACGGCCUGCCGCGCGGGCGUUAUCACCAACAGUGUUAGCGGCAUUACGAACCAUGUUGCCGUUCACAGGGGUCGGACAUCCUCGAUGCCGUUCGCCGCCUUCGCAUCGAACGACAACUGUGUCCGGCGCUUGGACAUCGCCACUGAGACCUGGCUGGCUGAAGAGGAGCUUGACUUUGCCCCGAACUGCACCGCGCUGUCGCCUGACGGGCGCUUGCGCGUCAUAGUGGGCGACAGCCUCGACGUCGUCAUCGCGGCUGCCGAGGCGAAGAACUCGCGCGGGCAGGCUGAGAUCUUGCACAGACUAUCCGGCCACCGCGACUAUGGCUUUGCCUGUGACUGGGCGGACGACGGCUGGACCAUCGCCACGUCCUUCCAGGACAAGGCGGUCAAAAUAUGGGAUGCGCGUCGUCUCACCGACAGCUCGGGCAAUGCCAUAUCCGUCUGCACCUUACGCAGCGAGAUGGCUGGCGUGCGAAGCCUGCGCUUCUCGCCCAUUGGCAGCGGGAAGCGGGUCCUCGUCGCCGCGGAAGAGGCCGACUUUGUCAACAUCAUCAAUGCUCAGACCUUCAAGUCCAAGCAAACGGUGGAUAUCUUUGGCGAGCUCGGCGGCAUUUCGUUCGCCAACGGCGGCCGGGAUCUCAUGGUGCUGUGCUGCGAUCGCACGCACGGAGGCAUCCUGCAGCUGGAGAGAUGUGCUCAAGGAGACGACGCGUUCAUGCCGGACCCGGUUGAGGAGGGCUUCGCACACGGAGACGUCUAUCAGCGCCGCGACCGCGGCACCUACGAUUGGCCGCGGUCCAUGUUCAACGAGGCGAAGUACCUCGGGGACAGUGUAUCACGCCGACGCAGGAGAGCCGCCGCCCAAGUGGAGAUUGAACCCUUCUGAGCAGCAAGAAUGGCUUCCGCAAUGAGAAUCAACGGCGC